ACUAAAUGCAAUCCGACAUUAAAACGAAUGAACGUUGCACUUCUAGGCGGGACACGAUAAUUUUUCUAUGGUUGGUGAAUCUAAGUUAGAUGAUAGAAGUUUAGGUUUGUGCUUAUUUUGCCAUACUUCAUUUGAAAUCAGUUUGAAAUUAGCCUAAUUCGAAAAUGGAAAUCGUUUUGUCAAAUUCACAAGAGAUAUACUUUGCCGGAAACAAGGUUUUUGGACAUGUACUACUAACAUUCCAGAUGGAAACACAUGUUAAAGGAAUAACAUUGGAAGUUCGGGGAUUGGAGUCUGCAUGCUUUGCAGCAAGAAGAAGAUAUUACGACAGCACAGAAAAUAAAAUGAUAUAUCGAGCAAGGAAUUGCAUGGGAGGGACUCGAUAUAAUACUUUUCUAGAGGUUGAUCUUCCUUUAUCUCGACGAAAGGAUUUCAAUAUUGGUCGCUAUGAACUGCCUUUUAGCUUUCCAUUAGCCAAAGAUCUACCCACAAGCUAUCAGGGAAAAUACGGAUAUGUCACAUAUUACCUCAAGGCUAAAAUGGACGUUGUGGAUGCUCCUGAUCUUGAAGAGAAGGUUGAUUUCGAAGUUCACUCAUUUAUAGACUUCAAUGAGUUCAUAUCAGAUUUGCAAAUGAAACACUUCAGUUAUCAGAACGAAAAAAUGGUGGGUUCUUGCUGCUGUCCUGGUGGUUCAAUAUCAAUUGACUUACGAAUGGAAAAGAUUGCAUUUGUUCAGGGAGAAAUGGCGAAAGUUCAGGUGGACUUAACAAACUUUUCAAAUGAAAGAGUUGAGAAAAUAGUGAUUAAAUUAACAAGGACAAUCAAAUCUAGAUUGGAACUACGACAGAGAGAUUUUUUUCGGUACCAACACGAUGUGUUAUCCUCUAAUUUUGACAUCGGAGUAGAAGCAAGAGAACAGAGAACCUAUGAAUUCGAUUUAGAAAUUCCAAGAUCCGAAGUCCUCUACAAUUUCAAGAGAUGUGUCUUUUUGUGUCAAUGGUUCACUCUCAGUGUCGAGGCUAUCUUACCGGGAAACAAUAAAAACAUUAUUGUUGAAACAAAGGUUGAAAUUGGACAUAUACCUCUUGGAGGACUUAAUGAAACUCAACAGAGGACACGUCAAGAAUCUUCUCGACCAGAUUUAAGAGAAUCUCCGACCAUGAGAUCCGGUUCACCCCCACCAACAUAUGGAGAUGCUGUUAUAAACUUUCCUGGUGAUUCUGCAAGAAAGUCUCGUCGUCAAUAUCACACACCAUCUGCACCGCUUCAAUUAACAUGAAACUUCAAUUUACCAUCAAAUUUUCAAGUGGUUCAUAUACAUUACAAAUUGGGAUAUCGUAUGGGAUAUUUGUAAUUAAUUGUAAAAUUGUUGCUGUUAAAUGAAAGUUAUUUUCAUUUUGUGACCUUUCGAUAUGUAUUUUUAUAAUUGAGUUAUAUUGGACAGGUAAUAACAUGAAUUUGUUAACUUGACUAGAACUAUUGUUAUGCGAUUAUAAAUGCGCUGUCUGUUAUUUA